UGGAGAGGUUGUAGGUGUGCAUGGCUGGAGCGUCUGGCUUAGUCUGUGUUCUUUUCCUGGCUGUUUCUCUCCACCUGUCCUAGGAUGAAAGUGGUGGCUUUAAUCAGUGGUGGAAAAGACAGUUCUUACAAUAUGAUGCAUUGUGUUGCUGCUGGUCAUCAGAUUGUUGCCUUAGCCAAUUUAAGGCCUAUUGAAGACAAAGAAGGAUUUGAUGAAUUGGACAGUUACAUGUAUCAAACAGUGGGCCAUCAAGCUAUAGAUUUAUAUGCUGAAGCAAUGGGCUUGCCUCUCUACCGUCACACGAUUAAAGGUACCAGCGUUAACACAGGCAGCAUCUACACAAAAUGUGAAGGUGAUGAAGUGGAAGAUCUUUAUCAGCUUCUGAAACUUGUCAAGGAUAAAGAAGGGGUAGAAGCUGUUUCAGUAGGGGCCAUUCUUUCAGAUUAUCAACGAGUCCGCGUGGAAAAUGUUUGUAAAAGGCUUGCUCUGCAGCCUUUAGCAUACCUGUGGCGCCAGAAUCAAGACACAUUGCUGAGAGAAAUUAUAUCCUUGAAAGUUCAAGCUAUAAUAAUAAAAGUAGCAGCUAUUGGUUUAGAUCCAGAUAAACAUCUAGGAAAAACAUUGGAUGAAAUGGAACCUUAUCUUUUGAAACUUUCUCAGAAGUAUGGAGUCCAUAUCUGUGGAGAAGGGGGAGAAUAUGAAACAUUCACAUUGGAUUGUCCUCUGUUUAAGAAGAAAAUCGUUGUGGACUCCUCAGAAGUGGUUGUACAUUCAGCAGAUGCAUUUGCCCCUGUGGCUUACCUCCGCCUGUUAAAGUUGCAUUUGGAAGAUAAGGUACAGUUUGAGGGCAAAAUUCUGUCUGGGAAAUGUUCAUGUGACACACAAAAAAUUGAAGACAGUGCCUGGCCACCUACAGAUGAGAGAAAAGAAACCGCUUGCAUUAGAUGGCAGUUUUUAAGACCACAUUUUGCACAAGAAAGUAAAAAUCUUGAAUUUUCUGGGAAGACUCUGAAGGGUUACCAGUGGAUAACAGGCGUCAGCGCAUACUUUCAUCCAUUGGAAGGAAAAAGCAUACAAGAAUUGGCAAAUGAUGUCCUUUCUUCACUCCAAGGGCUCGGGGCUGUUCUUGCUGGUCUGCUGCACAGUCCACUUAAAACUUUGGUCACCAUUUGGAAAAAGAGGACUGUUGAAGAUGAGGAUCAGAUUACAUCUAUGGGAUUUCUCUCCUUUUGUGGAUUCCAUCAUUCCUCAUGGUCACAGAAGAAUUAAGGAGAUAAAAUGAGAGAAGAGUAUGUAGAGUGGCACUAGCUUUUUACAGGGAAUGAACUUAACUAAAAUGGGUUACAAAUACUAUGAAAUAAGGUAGAUGAAGCACCAAUAUUUCUCCAACCUUAUUGCAUCUGUUCAUAGGCAUCUUGCAGCCCUGUUUCAGGUAAGAUGUGCCUUUUUGAAUAAGAGGAAGGUUGACGAACAAUAGUAUGGAACAAUUUUCUGCCAGAAAAAAAUCAUUCACAUUCACUCACAAUUGGAUGCUGGCCUUGUUGCAGGACCAGGAGAGAUACCUGGGGAGGAUCUUGCCCAAUUAUAUGGGAACAGCUUGAACCUGUUGGUCCUAAGGAAAUGGACAGGGCCUGAAUGGUGUUGUGUGUGUAGAUUCCAGCAGUAGCGAGGAGAUUGUUCCUUUACCAUUAAAGGAGGCCUGGGAGUGUUCUCUCCUCAAGCAUCACUGGAUCACAGUAUACUGGAAAAUGUUUGUUCAGUAUUUAACUUCCAUUUUGGGGGAAAGGUGGUUGAGAAGAUGUUUGUGUGACAGCUGUGGGUGAACUUUGGAUGAAAUAGAUUAUAUGUGUCCACUUUAUGGAAUACCUUUCCAACUCAUUAAGGGAGGCUGGUUCCACCUCUGCCUGUUGAUUUUGUAGAAGGACUCCAGAAGACUGAUGAGAUUGAAGUAGCUCCAUUGUUAAUGAUAUAGUAAUGCUAAUGUUAAUAUAAUAGUAAUAAUAAUGUUUUAUAUAUUGAUUGUUUUCUAUUCUUGUACAUCACCGUGUCACUUUUAUGUGAAAUGGACGGGAUACACAUAUACAUUUGACAAAUAAAUAAGAAUAGGUGACUUUCAUUUUGAAUGUUCUACUAAGUGCCAAGACCAACUGAUAGAGGAUUAUUAGAUUGUCCAUCAUACAGUUAUUGCUUGGAAGAGUAUUGUACAAGAAUUGCUGCAUUUGGUCACAGAAAUUUGCAGUCUAAAUCCAUCCAUUUUUACCUUUGUGAUUGGACUGAAUUCCUUUUAUGUUCUCCCUUGAUCUGGUUAUACAAGGCAGCUGAGUUUGUUUUCAUUCCUUUUAUCUUUUUGUGUGUGCAUUCCCAUUCUGUCCGCUUUCUGUUAGCUAAAUUGCCUUUAUCAUAAUUUUAAAUUAAGUUCUCUAAAAAGCUGUUGCUGUGGUUGAUUUUGGCAUCUAGGAUUAGGUCAGUAGCUCUAAAUCUCAUUUAUGUACUUAAUGCAAGCAAAGAAUUGAUGUCUUGGGAAUUGCGGUUGCUGGAUUUCUUACUAUCAAGCCCUUACAAGAUAUUGAGAUAUAAAACAAAAUGCUUCUAUUUUCUUCUGAAUCCCUCCGUAUUUUUGUAGUUUUAAAUAAAUAAAUAUUUAUGCAGGCAUCCUUUUCAUUCAUAAAAAUGGAAAUUGUUCUCAGCGGCUGCAGUGGGCAGGCUAGUAUUCUUGUACGCACAUACUUUUGAUGUAUUGGCUCAUAAAAUCUUAACAUUUGGCUUGUGCAGCUGAGUUGAUGACUGAAUACAGAAUGAUAAGGAAGCAUGAGCAAUUUUGCAAGGUAAAAAGGCAGCAGGCUUCCUAAAGGGCCCUUAAGCUAGUUCCUAACAGCCUAGAAAUCAGCACAGUGGUUGUAAUCAGGCUUGUAGGUAAAGGAGCAAUGUUCUACAUAAAUCUUUUGGGCAUAAUAUGUAAAUUGAAAGACUGGAGCUCUAAAACACUUACCUGAUUUUUGUAAUAUUUUCAUGACCCUAGCCAGUCCAAAUAAUAUACAUCAUUGCCUGUUUUUUUAUUAGAAUUAAACCAAAAUAGUAGUUUUAUCUGGCUGGAGGCUAAGAAGCCUGGUGGCUUUGGCAGAUGAUUUACAUCUGAAAUAUUCUUUCCCAUUUCUGGUGAACUGAUGCAUUUUGAUCCAGGGAAUACUUGCAUUUCCUGUGGAUAUUUUGCUUUGCCUUCUCAAAAAAA